AUGUUGCAGGUUCUAAGCAUGCCGUGGUUAUCACAGAGAAUCAAGGGUGCCAUCGACCGCACCAUUGCGGAAGAGCAGGCUAGGGCGAGAGCAGCCCUCGAAGGCGGUGCUCCUGGCAGUUCUCACGUACGAAACUCGAGCUCGUUGUCGCGGACCUCGAGUGCUGCCGGGACACAAGCGUCCAGGAGACCUCGGCCUUCGAACAAUCUAAGCCAAGACAUGUCCGCCGAUGGAACCGUCACCACUUCCGACCCUGCCGUCUUCGAAGCCGCCUUCGUGAUCGAUGAUACAGACGAGAGCAACACCCCAACCCGUAUCGGCACACCUGUCUCGACAGACAAGGAAGGAAAGGGCAAGGAUACUGAAAAGCCGGCCAGCAAUACCGAACCUGUCAAAGAAGGGACGGACCCGCUACAGAAUGGAGACAGGUCAAGCGUCAACAAGUUUACCGCAGGGCAGACAGUAAGAUCGGGGACAACCACACCUUCUACCACCGCUGAGCUCUCGCCAGAGAUCCGGGUAAGGUUGAGGAAGUUGGAUAAGCUGGAAAAGACAUACCCAGAGCUUCUGCGAUCUUACCGGAUUGCCCACGGCCGUGCAACUUCCAUCGAACCGUUCGAAAAGGCACUCAGAGAAAAUACCCCCUUGACUUCGAUUAAGGAUCCCGAAGCAUUGAUCGAGUACCUAAAUCAGCUGAACCUGAAGGGCGACAUGGUUAUGGAUGAGCUCAAGCGCGUAUCCGGCGAGAAAGACAGCUUCAAGAAGAAGGCAGAGGAAGCCGAUAAGGAGGCUGCUGCGCUGAGAGAGGAGAUCGCUGCUCUCAAGGCUGCACAAGCCGAAGCUGCCGCAGCGAAGGACGCCAAGGAUGCAGAGACUAGUGCCGAGAAGACUCCGGAUGAGAAGACCGACGACAAGCAGGAGGCACCCGAAGUCAAGAGCGACGAGAAUAAGGAAAUCCAGGAGCUACAGACUGCGCUAAAGACCAAAACUGCCGAGGUCGAAAAGUUGCAGAAUGAGGUCAAGACACUGAAGGAAGAGCUGGUGACGGCCAAAGACCAUAGCGCCGGUCUCGCCGAGAGCCUUGAAAGGGCUAGUAGCGAACUCAGUGAAGCUAGAGAUGCUGCGGCAGUCAAGGCUUCGAUUGAGACGCAGCUUGAAGCCAGGAAGGCUGAGAUUGAAUCCUUGACGGAGCGUCUGACAAAGACGCAGUCGCAGCUCAAGGAGGUUGAGACCGAAUUGCAGAAGGAGAAGGAAGAAGGCUCUGCGGGACUAAAGGAAAAGGCUGCCAAGCUUGCUGUGUCGGAGUCUAAGGCCGAGGAGCUUCAGUCUGAACUUACCAAGGUUACCGAAGCCAAGUCCACUCUAGACGCCAAGAUUGAAGGCUUGACUUCGGAGAUUGAGACUCUCAAGAAGGCCAAGGCUGAAGAUGAGGCCAAGAUUGACGUGUUGGAGAAGAAGAUCAAGUCCACCCCUACGCUCACUACUGCCCCUGCUGCCGCCGUCACUACAGCACCACCCACGCCGUCUACCCCUACGCAACCCGCAUCCUUAAACAAGAAGAAGAACAACAAAAAGAAGAAGAAGGGUGGGGCUUCGGUGACGCCAGCAGCUACUGCUCCAGAGCCUACCGCCACCGAGGAUCAGCCACCCAUGUCACCCGCUGAAGGUCCUGCGACGGCAGAGCUCACGGCAGAGCUCCAGGCCGAGCAGGCUCGCUUGAAGGAAGAGCUUGCCCGCUUGCAAGAAGAGCUCGCUGACAAGGAUCAGCGUAUCGAGCGUCUUGCCAAGCAACGCAAGACUGAAGAGGACCUCCGUGAGGAGAUUGAGAACUUGCAAGACAGUCUCAAGGAGAUCGGUUUCGAGCAUGUCGAAACCAAGCAACGUCUGAAGGAGCUGGAGCAGGAGAAGAAGGAGCUGAAGGCCCGGAUUGAUGAGCUUGAAAAGGAGGUGGAGGCAGCCGCUUCAGCCGCUCAAACCAAUACCAAGCUUCAGUCAGAGCACGAAUCGCUCCGUCAAGAAUUUGACGACCUCAAGCAAAAGUCGCAGACUCUCCAGUCUGACCUUGCCGCCGCCCAGCAGCUCGCCCAAAGCAGGUACAAGGAUCUCACUGACCUGCGCGAGGUUCUGCAAAAGGCUCAACCUGAGCUCAAGUCACUACGGCAGGAGGCUGCCACGCUCAAGACGGUGCGCGAGGAACUUGCGGCGCGGAACGCGGACCUUCGCAAUCUCGAGAAGCGCGAGAAAGACUUGAAGGCUGAUCUUGUCCGUGCCCAGCGUCUCGCCGCUGAUCGUGAUGGUGAGAUCAAGGCUCUCCACGACAAGGUUGGUCAGGAGACAAACGCACGUCUCAAGCUCGAGGAUGAGAAGCGGGUUCUUGGUCGGGACCUUCGCAGGUCUGAGGCAGAGAAGAUUGAGAUUGCCGCACGUAGUGGAAGCAGGGGCUCCGUGGACUCGGCGAGGUCAAACUCGAUCGCGUCUGCGAACGCCACACCCGAUGCCAUGUACUUGAAGACCAUCUUGCUGCAGUUCCUGGAGCAGAAGGAUAACAGGUUACGCGCACAGCUGGUGCCGGUAUUGGGCAAGUUGUUGAAUUUUGACAAGACGGAUGAGCAAAAGUGGCUUACCGCGGUUCAGCAUAUCACCAUCAAAUAG